AUGUUUCACUGACAGUUUAAUUUUGGAAACUUACAAAUAACAAGCCCGUUACAUUAAUUAAUAAGUCCCGAUCAAUUUUUUUGACUCAUUGAGUUUAUCUUCAAAGUUCAAUGCCCAAUUAUGGUAAUGCAAAUAUUUGGCAAUCUUGUUUGACGUCACUUGCCAAACAUAUGACAUGAGACAAAAAUCAAGAAUAAAGAUGGUGUGAAAUGAUUAAAAGUUUAUUUGUGUUGCGACCAAGUUAUAAAUCAUUCCAAAAAUUAUUUAAUUUAUCUCUCAAGACUCGUAAUUACUUCACCUCAUCUAAAAUGGCUAAAAGUAAAUUUGAGUAUGUAAAAACAUUUGAAAUAGAAGACCGAUGUUUACCUGGGUGUUGGAUCGUCGUUAGGAUUGAUGGUAAAUCCUUUCACAGAUUUUCCGAUGUUCACCAUUUUGUUAAACCUAAUGAUGAGAGAGCUCUUGGGUUAAUGUCUCGUGCUGCACAGAAAGUUCUAGAAGAUUUCAAGGAUGUAGUUUUAGCGUAUGGUCAGAGUGAUGAAUUUAGUUUUGUUUUUAAAAAAGAUACGUCCGUUUACAACAGAAGAAACAGUAAAAUAGUGACGAAUGUAGUUAGUUUAUUUACGUCAGCGUUUGUUUUAUAUUGGCCGAGAUUCUUCAGUACACAAGAUCUACAAUAUCCUCCAUCAUUUGAUGGUCGAGUUGUUUUAUAUCCUAACGAUGAAAUAUUACGAGAUUAUUUAUCAUGGAGACAGGCUGACUGUCAUAUAAAUAAUUUAUAUAAUACGGUAUUCUGGAAAUUAGUUCAAGAUAAAGGUUUAACACCUGCACAAUCUCAACAACGACUCAAGGGAACAUUAUCCAGUGAUAAAAAUGAAAUCUUAUAUUCUGAAUUUGAUAUUAAUUAUAACACAUUACCAGAAUUAUACAGAAAAGGAACAGUUUUAAUACGCAAUAAGGAGACUGAUGGAUCUAAUGAAGCUAAAAGUAAAUCGAGUUUUUCCAAUUCUCAUAAAUCAAACUUAUUUAGUCCGAGAAUCAGUGUUCUACAUGUGGAUAUUAUUAGUGAAUCUUUCUGGCGAGAACACCCCGAAAUAUUAAACUCUAAAAAAUCAUGAUAGACAGAAAAAAAUGAAUGAAAUGGGUUUAAAGUCCUACUGUGCUGCACCAAUGAAGAGGGUAUGAUAGACAGACAAUAUUAAAAAGGCCAUGUGCUUCAGGGAGGAAUAAAUUAUGAAUUACUUUAUUUGUAUAGAAAAUAGAACUGGAUAAUUUUGAUUAGACCGGAAUAUCUAGUCUUUUAUUUGGCUGUUUUUGAUAUUGUGACAAUAUGCCAAUUAAAGACUAGAUUAUGUUGAACCGUUCAAAUGACAAGAAAGCUGAAUAACUAUUACAAAUAUAUCAAAAUAAUAUAUGGAUUUAGGACUGCUGAUGCCAGGACAAUUGCCCUUCUCUAGACAAUUGCCCCCCAGAUAUAUAUAUUUUUUUAAUGAAUAUCUUCUGAAGUAGUUUUUUGAAAUAAAAUAAUCAGUGUA